AGAAAAAAAAAAGAACAUUUGGAGUACUUUUUUAUUCAAUAACUUCCAAUUAUUACACAAUUCCACAUGAAAUUUCUUUAAAAUGAAGCCAAAUUCCAAUGCCAAUCCUCAUUAAUACAUUACCUAACUCCUUUAUUACUCCAAACUCCUAACUUCCAUAAUCACAUUCAUUGCUUCCUUUCGUUUUCUAUUCAUUUUUUUUUUUUGCUUUCUUCCUCUCUUUGAUUGUCUCUUCUCACCUUCCUUCCUUCUUUUUCUCAACAUUUUCCAGAACAUUACUGACAAAAACAAGCAAACAAUCUGCCUAAAAUCCAAACUUUACAUAAUUAUAGCCAUUUUUAUAAGAUACCCAGAAAUGUUUCAACUGUCCCCUUAAAACCCAGAAAUUAUUUCUAGGGUUAAGUUCAAUUUAAUUCUAUGAGCGUAUUCUGCCUCUAGAUCUUCCUUUUCUUCUUUCUUUUUCUGCUGAACAUUAUUUAGAACAUUAAAAUUCAAAAUUUACAUAAUUAUAGCCCUUUUCAUAAGAUACCCAGAAAAUUAUCAAAUUUUCCCACCAAAAUCCACAAAUUAUUUCUAGGGUUUGGUUUAAUUUAAUUCAAUGGGGUGUUCAGCCUCUAAAUUUGAUACCCUUUUAGCAAAAGCCAUUGAAGAUCCUUCCUUUUCUCUUACUUCUCAUACUUCUUCAUCUUCCUCUUCAACUUCAAAUUCUUUUGCUUCAACUAGUUCUUCUUCUUCGAUUCCUAAACCUCGUUCUUUUUCAGCACCUUUAGUUCAUCAUCCUGCUGUUAAAAAAGGCGAUUCUCAUCAUCUUGUUUCUCUCACUUCUUCCACUUAUGGGUCUUUGAUUUUAGUUGAUACUCAUCCAGCUUCUGGUAAUAAUGAUGGUUUUUCUGGGCAUUCAUCACCUGAUUCUGUGAUCAAUACUUGGGAGCUUAUGGAAGGACUUGAGGAAGAAGAAGAAAAAGGGUUUAACAAUCAUGAUUCUUCUGGUAAUGAUUUAAGGCUUAAAUCUUUGAAUUCAUGUGAUUUAAAAGAUGUCCAUAAAAUACCCACUUUGAAAUUAGGGUUAAAUUUUACUGAUUCUAUCAAGAAAUUGAGUGAUUCCUAUGUGUUUGUUGAAAUGCCUCAAAGAAAAGUUGAAGAUGAGAUUGAGGAGCUUAAUUCUAACUUAAAUUCAAAACCUUUGUGGCAACUUUUGUCUGAAGAGUCACUUCUUUCUAAGAUGGAUCCUAAUGUUGCUUCUAGUUAUCAAAAAGCUUUAUCAUCUAAAAAAUUGGGUUGUAAUUCAUCUAAUUGGAUGAAUGAUUCUGUGGAUUUAAGUCCCUGUGUUACUAAAAGUAAGAGUGUGGAAUCUAGCUCAUUGGUUUCUAAAUCAGCUGAGGAUUGUAAUAUUGGUAAAGUAGUUAGUUGUGAGGACAAAAUUGUGCUUUAUUUUACCAGUUUGAGAGGGAUUAGGAAAACUUAUGAAGAUUGUUGUACUGUUAGAUUGAUACUUAGAGGGUUUAGAGUAAUGGUGGAUGAGAAAGACAUAUCUAUGGAUUCAAGUUAUAGGAAGGAAUUACAAAGUGCACUUUGUGGAAAGGCUUUUAGCUUGCCUCAACUCUUUGUUAGAGGGAAGCAUAUUGGAGGUGCUGAUGUGGUAAAGGAAAUGCAUGAAUCUGGAGAAUUGGAGAGACUUUUGGAUGGAUUUCCGAUCCAAGAUUGCGGGUUUGCAUGUGAAAUGUGUGGUGAUGCAAGGUUUGUUCCUUGCUCGAAUUGUAAUGGAAGCCGGAAGAUCUUUCUAGAAGAAGAAGGACAAACAAGAAGGUGCCCUGACUGCAAUGAGAACGGGUUAGUUCGAUGCCCCGGUUGUUGCUCUUGAAUAGAAUGGUGCUUCCAUUUUGGUUUGUUUUGCUUAUUAUUAAGAAGCUUGAUCUGUUUCUCUGUAACUAUGAUUUAUUCUUAUAUGUCAAUGCCUAGGUCUUGAUCAUGUUCUAUAUCUUCUGUCAUUUGAUGCAUAAAAACUUUGCAUUUUGUAUCUGACCUUGGGUUUAUUAUACUGGAAUUCACUGCGCGUAUCUGGAGUAUGCAUAAUGUAAUGUUGCAGAGAAAUCUGAUGAAUUCUUGAA